GUUCCCUCCCCACCCCCUGCUCCUAUCCCUCCUCCUGACCCUUUCACUCUUGGCUCUGUCGGCAGUUUGUCCGGGACCCAGCAGUGUCCUCUGUCCACUGCUCCGGGCCAUUCCCCACCCCACCCCCCUGUGAGCCCCUCACUCAGGGUUCAGGACCCAGGGCCCCGCCCGACCCCAGCUACCCUCAGGGACCUGAGAGCCGAGCCUGACCCCGUUCCCUGCACCGCACGCACCGCCGACAGGAUGGGGGCCAGCGCGGGGCCCGGGCUGCGGCCGGCACUGUUCUUCCUGCUGGUGCUAGGGACACCCAGGUUGGGGGUGCAGGGGGAGGACGGGCUGGAAUUCCCUCAGUAUGACGGUGUGGACCGUGUGGUCAAUGUCAACGCCAAGAACUACAAGCAUGUGUUCAAGAAGUAUGAGGUUCUGGCACUGCUCUACCACGAGCCCCCCGAGGAUGACAAGGCCUCACAAAGACAGUUUGAGAUGGAAGAGCUGAUCCUGGAGUUAGCGGCCCAAGUCCUCGAAGACAAGGGUGUUGGCUUCGGGCUGGUGGACUCUGAGAAGGACGCAGCUGUAGCCAAGAAACUAGGCCUCACGGAAGAGGACAGCAUCUACGUGUUCAAGGGAGAUGAAGUCAUUGAGUAUGACGGCGAGCUUUCUGCGGACACCCUGGUGGAGUUUCUACUGGAUGUCCUAGAGGACCCUGUGGAAUUGAUUGAAGGCGAACGCGAACUGCAGGCAUUUGAGAACAUCGAGGAUGAGAUCAAACUCAUUGGCUACUUCAAGAGCAAAGAUUCAGAGCAUUACAAGGCCUUCGAGGAUGCGGCAGAGGAGUUUCACCCCUACAUCCCCUUCUUCGCCACCUUCGACAGCAAGGUGGCAAAGAAGCUGACCCUGAAGCUGAAUGAGAUCGAUUUCUAUGAGGCCUUCACGGAAGAGCCUGUGACCAUCCCAGACAAGCCCAACAGUGAAGAGGAGAUUGUCAGCUUCGUGGAGGAGCACAGGAGGUCCACCCUGAGGAAGCUGAAGCCUGAGAGUAUGUAUGAGACGUGGGAGGACGACAUGGAUGGAAUUCACAUCGUGGCCUUCGCGGAGGAAGCUGAUCCUGACGGCUAUGAGUUCUUGGAGAUACUCAAGUCCGUGGCCCAAGAUAACACAGAAAACCCUGAUCUCAGCAUCAUCUGGAUCGACCCUGACGACUUCCCCCUGCUGGUGCCAUACUGGGAGAAGACGUUUGACAUCGACCUGACAGCCCCGCAAAUAGGAGUGGUCAACGUUACCGAUGCGGACAGCGUGUGGAUGGAGAUGGACGACGAGGAGGACCUGCCUUCCGCAGAGGAGCUGGAGGACUGGCUGGAGGAUGUGCUGGAGGGCGAGAUCAACACGGAGGACGAUGAUGAGGAAGAGGACGAGGACGAUGACUAGUCACUGCGGCCGCCGCCUCCCAGCCCGCCCGCUCUCCACAUGCUCCCUCCCGUCCCCCGUCCCUCCCUGGGCUCCUCCGGGAACACUGGGUCAUCCUCCACCAUAGGGAGGCCAUAUGCUGAGUGCUGAGACCCACUCGUCCCCACACGCCAGCCCAGCCGCCUCAGCCGGCUGUGUCCUGUCCCCCGGCGGCCCUGUUCCUACGAUUUGUUUCCUCCACUGCCCGUGGUUCUUUUCUCCUCUGUUCCCUCCACCGACACACACAGUUCCCCAUACUCUCAAAUCCUACAUCCUUCUGGCGGCCCCGAUCCCUGGCCAGGAGGAAGGGUGGGCCCUGCGUCUGGGGCGCGCUCUCUCUCUCUGCAAUCUCUUGUUAAUGUAUUUGGGUCAAAUACCAAGAGGGCUCAAUAAAGGAUCUGGGGCAGCACAA